AACCAAACAAUUUAACCGAAUUAGGAAUUGCGGCACGUUUUAUCUAUUUAAAUAAGACCGGCUAUAAUGGCUUAUAUCGCGUAAAUAGCCAAGGAGAAUUUAAUGUUCCUUUCGGACAAAAAGAAAAAGUUAAAUUAUUUGACAAAGAAAAUAUUUUAGCCAUUAGCAAGUAUUUAAAUAAGAAUGAAAUUCAGAUUUUAAAUCACGACUACCGGCAAAUUUUACCACUAAUUAAAGAAAAUGAUUUCUUGUUCGUGGAUCCGCCGUAUGACAGUGAAAAGACCAUUUUAGUAAAUGGACUUUCGGUGAAACAAAAAGGCAAUGGUUUUAAUUCUUACACGGCUGAUAAAUUUACGCAGGAAAAUCAAAAAGAAUUAACCCAGUUCUUAAAAAAAUGUGAAAAGCAAGGAGCGAAAUGGUUGUUAACCAAUCAUGCUACUACUCAAAGAUUUAUUAAUUGUCAAGGGAAUAAGCGAGUAGAAGGAGCCCAAGAAAUAUUUAUCGGGAAUUACCAGUUAACCGAACAACAAAAAAAAGAAUUAGA